UGUCACCGAUAUUGCUUGCAUAAAAAUUUAAACAUUGGCGUGCAAGGUGCCGGAUAUGGUGGAGGACAGCCAAAAUCGGGUCUAAUCCAUGGUCCAGAGUUGAUUAGAGGAUCUGGAUUUAUUCAAUUUUUGGUGGACGAAGUUGGCCACGACAUUAAGGACUACGGAGAUUUGACCUUUGACGAGACGAGGGACAAAAGCCCAACGAUUGUUGAAGGCUGUGUCCCACUAAAUAAUGUCGGGUCGAUUUCAAGAGCUAAUUUUCAGAUUUACGAAUCCACACGUAAAAUCCUGUCCGACAACCGUGUCCCUCUCACUUUGGGCGGUGACCAUUCCAUCUCGAUCGGGACGCUGGCCGCGGUGUCGGAGGCGCGUCAAGACAUCGGGAUCCUGUGGGUGGACGCCCAUGCUGAUCUGAACACGCCAUACACGACAAACUCUGGAAAUCUGCAUGGCCUUCCGAUGGGGUUUCAUGUCAAAGAGUUGGCCCAUGAUUUCAAAUGUUUGGCCACUCAAUUUAACUGGCUGGUUCCGAGAAUUCCUGCCAAAAAUAUUGCCUACAUUGGCCUCCGGGAGAUCGGUGGAAGAUUUAACCCCAAAGCGCAGAGAGAGAAUAUAAAGCGUCUCGGCAUCAAAACCUACACGAUGGGGGAUGUAGAUCGGCUCGGAAUUUGCGAGGUUACAAAGCAAGCGUUGGACCACGUUUCGCUCGGGGGCAGCAGACCAGUUCACCUCUCUUUCGAUGUUGAUUCCAUGGACGACUUUGAAAUUGGCAGUUGCACAGGAACGUCGGUUGUAGGAGGUUUAACGCUCCGUGAGGCGCUCACCUUACUCGAGAUGUGUCACGGUCAUCUCGUUUCAGCCGAUUUCGUCGAAGCCAACCCUUUACUUGGAGAUCCUGAGUCUAGACAGCGGACAGCGGAUAUUUGCAAACAUUUGCUCGGUGCGAUGUGGGGAUAUCGCCGAGCUGGACUAUAAUCAAAUUCUGGACAAUUAAAGCAUGGUUUUUAAAAAUUGCAAUAUGUAACUUAAGAGUCAUAAGUUAUGGCGAAAUGUUGUGAAAUUAAAUAAAUUAAGCGAUAUAAUUUUAUUAUUCAUUUCAAUUUUA